AUGAUCACUAUUUAUGGUGUCAUUCUCCAUACCAAAAUAGAAAGAGAUUGUUCACUUUCACUUACCAAACUAUUUCUUCUUCCGGUUCUUGAGCUUCUUUCUUUCUUUUUUCCUUCUGGUUUUACUUUUACUUCUUUUAUCUUGGUUUGCUUUCUUUUGCUUCUAUGCUUUCAUCCUAUCCUUAUACUGAUUCUUUGUAGGCCUUUUUUCUUCAUCUUUUUCAUCACAAUCUUUUUAUACUUUUUUCCUCUUUCUCAGAUUCUUUGUAUGCUUUUUCUUCCUCUUUUCUUUCUCAUACUUUUUAUGCUUUUUUUCUUCUUUUCCUUCUCAUUCUUUUUAUGCCUUUUUUCUUUCUUUUUUUCUUCUCAUUCUUUUUGUGCUUUUUUCUUCCUCUUAUUCUUUUUAUGCUUUUUCCCUUUCUUUUUAUUCUUUUUUCCUCAGUCUUUUUAUGCCUUUUCUUCCUCUUUUUCUUCUCCUCAUUCUUUUUAUGUUUUUUCUUCCUCUUAUUCUUUUUAUGCUUUUUCCCUUUCUUUUUAUUCUUUUUUCCUCUUUUUCUCAUUCUUUUUAUGUUUUUUCUUUCUCUUUUUCUUCUCCUCAUUCUUUUUAUGUUUUUUCUUUCUCUUUUUCUUCUCCUCAUUCUUUUUAUGUUUUUUCUUUCUCUUUUUCUUCUCCUCAUUCUUUUUAUGUUUUUUCUUUCUCUUUUUCUUCUCCUCAUUCUUUUUAUGUUUUUUCUUCUUUUCCUUCUGCUCCUUGUUUUUGAUUUUUUCUUCCUGUGUUUCUUCUCAUUCUUUUCCUUCUAUUGAUUUUGCCAGCCUCUUCUUCUUUUUUCUGCUCUUGAUAUUUUGUCUUUUUUCUUCCUUUUUACUACUAAUAUCCCUCCUAAUGUAUCUUCUACUUCUUUUGCCUCUUCUUUUUCUCAUGCUUCUACUUUAUUAUCUUCUUCUUCCUCCUUGGUUUUCUUCUUGCUUCACUGCUUCCUCUUCUUUUGACUACCCUUAUUAG